AUGGAGAAUCCUAACUUAAGACGUCCAGAAACACGAAGUUUGACCAGAGGCCCACCCCUGGGAAAUUCAAUAGGUUUAAUAGAACAGCAGCGAUUUACAAACGAUGAUAAUGGUUUGAGAAGAACAACCACGACUUCCAGUUCGCCACCAGCAUACGAUGACAUAGUGCAACAAACUUCAACCACAACUGCAAUGGAGCAACAACCUUCACUAUCACCACCCUACGAUGUAUUUAUGUUGGGAAAUAGAGGAAACUAA